GAUGAAAGUUGUAUUCCAUUGUUUCAAGUUGAUCUCGCCAACACUUCUUGGAGAAUACAAGAAUACAACACUGGUCCUGGAGGAUAGUGGGCAAAAUUAUUCUUACCAGAUGCUGGUACCUCUAUACAAAGUCUGUGAAGGAUAUGCCGGUAGAGUUGUUUCAGAUGAUAUGAAGCAGUUAGCACAAGAGGUUUGUGAAAGCAUUCGAGAUAACAUGGGAAUGCAGAACUUUGUUCAAGUUUACAGUCAAAUACAGAAAGAUCUUAAAGCAAAGAGGGAUAGGAGGAAACACGAAGAAAAGCUCAUGGCUGUGGUUAAUCCUGUUCGAAAUGCUAAGAGAAAGCUAAGGAUUGCGGCUAAGCAUCGUGCCAACAAGAAAAGAAAAAUAAUAACUUUGAAGAUGGGAAGAUGGAUGCGUUGAAAACUGUAAAGACUUGUAUACAUGCGGGUGAUCAGACGUAUCUGAAUCACAGGACUGGUGCCAUCACUUAUGGAAUAGAUGCUUUUGUAAAAUCCCUGGCUCAAGGGCAUGUAUCCAGCAACUGGCUUGGAUGGGCGUGAGGAGUGUUGCCUGGUGUUUAUUGCCCUACAGGGGCGGAAAGACAUUUUCUGCAUCAUGCAGGCGUCUGGUUUCAAGUGUCAUACGUUAUACUACCAUGUUGAGUUUACAGAAAAAGUUUUGGUAGCGUAAAUUAUGGUAAAUGCAACUAGGGUUUAGUAAAAAAGUGAAAUAUCUUUUAGAAUUUAGCAUACUUGGGCAAAUGUAUCUUUAGAUAUCAUACAUUUGUUAACCUCGAUACUUUCAUAGUAGUAAUGAUAUUUAGCAACAUCCUUCACUAAAUAGUUACUGCAGUGAGAUCAAAGGCACGAGCAAUUGCACUACAACCGUUGAUUGGAGGGUCAUAUGAUUUGUCUGA